AUGUUCCUACACAUAGAGCUAUUCUCAUUCAUACUCGUAUCGUUGAUAUUUGCCACAUUUUCGUAUACUAACGCAGAAAAACUCUCAUCAGAACAUUUAAUGAUAUUCGAAAGCAAACCGUCAGAUGAAUUGAUUAAUAAGCUAUCAUCCAAGUAUAGCGUCGGAAGGCUAAUCACACUCAGUGACAGCUUCCACAUUCUUCCAGGACAAUUUCCGGAUUUAAUAGGGAACGAUUUCAGGACGACAGCAAUUGACGGAACGUCAGAUGGAUAUUGGGUAGGGCACAAUACACGAAUGCGUUUAGCAAAUGAUGUAAAUGGAGAGUAUGGAGAACACACGAAUCAUCGACAUUUUUACAGCCGUGCGAAUCAAUCUGACUUUGCAAACACGCAAGUAAUCACCCAAGAAAAUGUACCCAGUUGGGCAUUAGAUCGAAUCAAUCGGCGGAGUCUGCCAUUAUCAGGUUCAUAUUCAUACAUAGAUCCAGCCGGGAGCGGUGUUGAUGUGUAUAUCAUAGAUACGGGCAUUGAUAUCACAAACCCCGAAUUUGAAAAUCGCGCUAGGUGGGGUACUACCACAAUCGCCAAUGUAGAUAAUAAUGAUAAUAAUGGUCACGGAACAUUUGUUGCUGGCAUUGUUGGUUCAAAAACGUAUGGCGUUGCCAAGAAGUGUAAUCUGAUCGCCGUGAAAUCAUUAGACAGCGAAGGUCUUGGAGAUUUGAGUGACGUACUUUCUGGAUUGGAAUACGUCGUCAUGCAAUACAAUAAGGCAAAUCGUACAAGGAACAGUAUCGCAAACCUCUCAGUCGGUUCAAGCUAUGACCCCAUAAUAAACCGUGCGAUCAGUGAAGUGGUCAAUCAAGGGAUAUUAGUGACAGUAGCAGCUGGCAAUGGAGACCAAACCGGACGCGGCGUUGAUGCCUGUUCCGAUUCACCCGCAAGUGCCGGCAGCGCCCUAACCGUUGGAGCGACUACAAUGAGGGACGAGAUAGCAGUCUUUUCCAACUACGGUUCCUGUGUAGACAUAUUUGCACCCGGUGUAUCGAUUCCAUCGAUCUUCCCCGGUGGAGCCGUAAACACAAAAUCUGGCACUUCAUUCUCCACACCCUUGGUGUCUGGUAUUGCUGCUUUGGUCAUGUCCGACGAAGCAAAUACUACCUUAUCCCCACAGGAAAUCAAAGAUUCAAUUUUGCAGUUGGCUACAAGAAAUGUGAUCAAGAAUUUGGCGUUUACAAACAGCCCGAAUUUGUUGGCGUAUAGUCAAGUGCAGAAUAUAGCUUACGGUGGGGGAGCAGCAAGCGAUAGGAGAGGCGGAAUAGAAAUGCUCAGAGUGAUUGCUGGAAUUAUUGGAGCGAUUGGAAUUUGGAUACUAAGUAAUGGAUAA